CUUUGUCGUCCUCGAUAUCUGCAAAUGGCAAUAACAUUGAAACUAGAACAAAUGAUACCAAUCCCAUUCCGAUCCUACAAAAAGCAUGUUAUAUAUGGAUUUAAUUAAAAACCAUACAUGCAUCGAUGUAAACGUAGUAGUAGGGGGCAUUCAAAAGUGAGAAUGAGGACUAAAGUGAUAGCAAGAAUGACGCUAUGUUUCUUGCUUUCGGCUCUUUGAUUUUGCUCUUUACGAUGAUGGAAUGUCUUGUGUGUUGGGUGUAGCAGCAAGCAAGCACAAAAUCCCCCUUCUCUCCUGCAGGAGGUGAGAGAAACUAGAAAGAGAUUGAUGCUUACAUUUUCAACAAAGCAAAGCAGAAGAAGCUAAGAAAGCCAAUAAUAAAAGGAAAAGCGCAAAAUCGUAUUUGAACCCUUUUGGGGUUAAAAUAUUCAUAACUUGGGUGAAAUACCAUUCUAUUUUGCUUUAAUUUGUACCUUGGCUUCGUCUUUGCACUGUGCGUCACUAGUCUCUCUCUCUCUCUCUACUCCUUUUUAUGCUGCUCACUGUCCCCUCUCUUUUCCUCUUUCUUUUUCCUCUCUCUACUGGAACAACACAUACACAACACUAAAUUAAAGUGAGAGCACUGCUUCUGGCAUGAACUUACAGGUUCAUGGGAUUUUCAUGCGCGGAUCAUUUCAUUCUUCUUUCAUUUGUUGUGUAUUGCAUUAUUGUCAGGAUGAAAAGGAGGGAGAUGAGAAUGGGAGCAGUGCAAUAACUCAGCAAGGUCAAGGAAGGGCCUUCAUAAUGGAAGUGCAUCAUCAUCAGCAUAGUAAUAAUGAGAACAACACAGAUUUCUUUCCAGUGGAACACCCCAUGGAGCCUACAGAUGAAGAUCGUCCAGUCAAAUGCCCAAUGCCCGAGUCAUCCGUUAUCAAUAACAACGAUGGUGGCGUGCAUGAUAAAAGACAUGCAGAAAGCUUAAGGAAGAGAGUAGAGAUAUCUGAAGCCACAGUGGAAGGAGGAAGAGUGGCUACCUUGGAUACAGAGCCUCGUGCUCGAGGAGUCCGAAAGAGGCACCACACCCUCACACAUGGAGGAGACCUUGUAAUGACUCCAUUAAUCAGAAUGCCAACGCCUCCUCCCCUCCCCUCACACCAGAAUAUUGCCAUCUUUGAAAUGCUUCAGCAGUUGGACAAAUUUGAGCCUUAAUUUUUUUUAUAAAUUUUAAGGGAAGAUAGAAAGAGGAAGUUCCAUCACAACAUUAUAUGUAAUCAUAAUGCAUUUUGAUUUCAUAUUGGUUUAGAGAACAAGAGGAGAAGCAUAGUUACCGCAUACUACUCAUUAUAUAUCGUGGUAUAAGAAAAAUGUACCUCUCAUGUGUUUCACUAAAUCCAGACAUUAUUAUACCUUAUGUCAAUUAUAAAGACUAAAUCAAUAUUUUAUGAGCUUAAAA